AUGAAAAUUUUUAAUUACAUAUGUGGUCGUCCUUUAAGAAAUGGUGGUACUGCUCCACUUAUAUAUAAUCCUGUUAGGAAAUGGUUAAUAAUAUUAAUGAUAUUGUAUAUCUGUUUGUCAAUUUUAUCAUAUCUUAUUUUUUUAUUCCCCAAAGCAUCUGAUUUACAGUGUCUUGCCUUAAUUGAUUCAUUGUUCAAUUUUUCCUUAUCAAUAGGCGUUUCAUAUGUGAUGGCUCCUUAUUACUCUAUCAUAAGUUGCAGAGAAUGGGGUACUGAAUACGAAUGGAGUAUAGUAGCUGUCGUUUCAGCAGUUAUGGCCAUUGUUGAUGUAUUAUCUAGUUGUUAUGGUAUAUAUGUAUUAUAUACUAUCACUAGUGUUGUAUUUAAUAAAAGGAUUGGUAUGAAUAACGACUGCAAUUCAUAUAAUGCUGUACUUUUCUUUUCCGCCAAUUCAAUUUUAGUUUUUCUUCAUUUAACUGUUGCUACAGUUUCUACUGUGGUUUAUUUUUUACUUAUGAAAGGAAUAGAUAAGCAAUUGGAAGAUAAUAGAAAUAUUAUAUAA